AUGCUGGAGUCCAUUCGCGUGACGGAAAAGCUUCACUGGCCUGAGCAAGAACUUGCUAAGAAGUCUGUUCUAAAUGUAGAAGAUUCAUUUAUCAUUGACAGCAAAAGAAACAUUCCAUAUUUAGCCGCUGGAAUUCUAAAGGACAUUUUCACAACUGGAACCAGUAGUUACAAUGUUCUACUACAGAGCAAGGAGGAGAAGAAGCAUCAUGCACAAAAAGAGUCUUCCUCCACCUCCUCCAAAAAACAUAGAAAACCCAACAAGACUUCUGUCUCUUCUCAUAGCAAAGAUCCCCACAGGACGAAAGCCUCAGCACCUGUGACAAGCAAUGGUUCUUGGUACUGCCUGGAGAGGCAGCCUGCUGUUUUUGUCACUAGUUCAGUGUCAGAUCCUGUAAAGUUUACACAUGAUAUCUCUGUUACAGGGAACAGCAUAGUACUGCCGCCUAAACCCAAAAGCAAGGUCAAGCGGCGUAAUUUCUCAGCUCUUCCAAAGCCACAGCCACAGCCACAGCCUCAGCUGUGUAGAAGCUUUGAAAAAGGAGAUGACUUUUCUGGAAAGAGAUUUUGUAUAUUGACUGCUAUAAAGCCCACCAACUUAGAGAAAGAAAAACUGAGAUUCUUCAAAUCUGACUAUACCUACAACCCCCAAUUUGAAUAUGCUAAUUCUGCUCUGUCAAGUGUAUUAGCCAAGCACAGCAACGCAUCUGACCGAUUUCUAAAGCAGUCCAUCAAUAUUAUGGAACUGACUUUACAGAAAUAUGGAAGUUAUGAAAAAUUUGAACAAGCCACUGGCGGUAGCUUGCUAUCUAAACCUCGAAUCUGGAGUCAUGUUAGGAAGUACAUGGUGAAAGAAGGCUGCCUGGGGGAGAUUGUAGUUCACCUCACUGAGGAUCUGCUGUCCCGGGCUUCAAUGACAGUAGUAAAUGGAUGUCCAACUCUGACCAUCAAUGUCUCCACUGCACGCGAGCAUUGGCUGGAGGGAAUGCUGAGGCAUGAGAUAGGCACACAUUAUUUUCGAGGAAUGAACAACCUUCAGCAGCCAUGGAACAAUUGGACUGGCCGUAAAAAACAUGAGCUAAAGCCCAAUAAUCCCACAGAGGAAGGACUAGCAAGUAUUCACAGUGUCCUCUUUAGGAAAGACCCUUUUUUAUGGAGGGCUGCCCUCCUCUACUACACUGUUUAUCGAGCCAGCCAGAUGUCUUUUUGUGAACUCUUCAAAGAUAUUGGCAAGUUUGUCAAGGACCCCAAUACAAGAUGGGACUAUUGUGUACGGGCCAAAAGGGGAUGGACUGAUACUUCCCGACCAGGGUGUUUUAGUAAAGACCAAGUAUAUUUGGAUGGAAUACUUCAAAUCCUCCGAUACAGAGAUACCAUAGACUUUCAUCUACUCACUGCCCUAGGGAAGGUUUCCUAUGAAGAUGUGGAUCGCUUAAAAGGACUGGCUGUUACAGAAAACUUGAGGGUCCCUCACUUCCUGCAGGACCACAGCCGAUACAUGGAGCACUUGGAAAAGAUCAUGGAAGUGAAUGAGCUGACCGACAGGGAGCUGAAAGACCUCAUAUAG